AGCCCUUGUUCGCUCCUAUACAAAGGUAUCCACUAUGAAGAGCACAACACAGUCAUUUACUUCGUUAGAUAACGGAUUGUGGCCUUUGCCCACUCGCGCAGAAUGGUUCGACGCUCUCGUGCCGGUUCGACUGCCAGGGGCAACUCACGACUCCUCGAAGAGGCUCCUAGAGCUGUUGAAGGACAACCACAAGAAAUACCAUAUGUAUUUCAACUAUGAGGGCUUCCACAAGUGAGCCAAAAAAAUACUUGGACUAGUUGUCGUACUACCUACGAGAGCUCAAUUGCUCCCAGCCAUCUGACCCAUCACCUUUUUGUCGCCUGGUUUUUUGGAGGGGAUGCGAAGCUACUCGAUGAAGCGUUUGAAAUCGAUGGUUCAUAUCAGCGCCCUGCGUUCGAAUCGCCUCAUCCGAUCGAACAGUCAAA